AUGUCAACAUCUGAGAUCAUCCCUCCUGUUCCGGAUAUCUCGCUGAGUGUCCAAACUUCUCCGCAUGCUAGGGCGAAGCGAAAGAUUGCUACUCUGAUGGAUGAAAUUGAAAUCUUGAAGCAGGACAAGGCAAUAAAGCAAAGGAAAACAAUCUAUUAUGUUUCACAGGGACGAGCGAUCCGUCGUAUCGUUGCCCUUUACACCCCUAUAGAGGAUUUGAUCGCAGAAAACGACAGGCGGUGUGAAGACUGCGGGCCUAGCAGCAGCUCUACCACGGUGCAAGACCGUCUUCAACAUGGCUACAUCGAACUCGCCAAGGCAUUACCGUGGCUUCACGACAAGCUAGCAUGUCUUGAUCAUGAAGAUUCUGAAGAUAUGCUCAAAAAGCUCAAGCGAGGUGCAGACUCUGCUCGUGGCGACGACACAGCGACCCUUAAAGAACUUGUUGCUUCCUGGGUAAAUAUUGAGUGCCAUCCGACUGCGCUCAUAAGGACCGACGACAAGCACCAUCGUGGUUUUGUGAGUGAUGCGUGCGGCAGACUCCUCUGUCCGGCAGAAUGGUCUUGGGAGGACCCGGUCGUCAGGGCUGGCAUUCGUGACCGCACAAUUGAUUUCAUCGUUUCAGAAAAUUCUUGGCCAUCGUUCCUGUACGAAAAUUACCAAGCUGAUGCUAAUAAUCUGGAGUACGGUCUGAUGAAGUCGAGGUUGUUAAUUAUGGGAUUCAAGGCUAUCUUUACUUCUCCCUCUUCUGCUAAUGAAGUGGACGGUGAAGGUAAUGGUGCUGAUAUUAUUGAAAAUAAUCGACGUGCCCGUAAACGGUCAGAUCAAGCCAGAGUUAAAACAUGCGUUGCCUCCAUUAUAGGCAUGAGGAAAGUAACACCUCGCGCAAUCGCUAUCAACUCCUGGCGCACUGUGGAUGGCGACUUUGACUAUCAGAUCUUCUGGACCAGCAUCGUCGAUUUCUUUGAGGACGCUCCGGGUCCAGCCGCACGAACCAGGGCGAAUGAUUUGCUUGAAUGGAAAGUUUUUGGCAGGAAUCAUCGACAGGACUUGACACAGGACAUUAUAUCCCGGAUGUCUGUGAGCACUCUCGCUGCCCAGAGACGACAGAUGGAGGACCUUGCGUUCGACUCCGACUAG